AUGAAGAUUUUCGUUUGCAUGUUAGCAGUGGUGGCCACAGCCCAAGCGGGUUUCCUGGGCAUCGGUGGAGGCGGCAGCGGCGGCGGUGGUGGUGGUUACUCAUAUGGAGGUGGUGACCAUGGUCAUGGUGGACACGGCGGCGGAGGUCAUGGCGGUGGUCACGGUGGUGACGUGAAAAUCAUCAAGGUCAUUAGUGAAGGCGGAGAUGGCGGCCAUGGCGGUCAUGGAGGUCAUGGCGGUUUUGAUGGUGGUUACGGUGGCGGUCAUGGCGGUUAUGGCGGCGGUGGUUUCGAUGCCUAUGGCAGCGGUGGCGAAAUUAAAAUCGUUAAAGUCAUUAGCGGCGGAGGCGGCGGUGGCGGCGGUGGUGGCCACGGUGGACAUGGCGGACACGGUGGAUACAUCGGCGGCGGUCAUGGCGGCGGCGGCGGCGGCGGUCAUGGCGGUGAUGUCAAAAUCAUCAAAGUUGUGCAUGAGGAUGGCGGCUAUGGUGGCGGUUACGGUGGCGGUCAUGGAGGUUAUGGCGGCGGUGGCUUUGAUGACGGCUUCAUUGGCGGCGGUCACGGUGGUCAUGGUGAUCACGGUGGUGCUGGCGGCGAAGUGAAAAUCAUCAAGGUCAUCAGUGAAGGUGGCGCAGGCGGCCAUGGUGGCAGUUAUGGUGGCGGCUAUGGUGGUGGUGGCGGCGGUGGCUGGGUGUCCGGCGGCAGCGCUGGCUGGGAUUAA